AUAGAGGAAUCGAAGCUGAUUAUAAAAAUCUCAAAAACAAUUUAAUGAUUACUAAAAAAGAUCUUAAAACUGCCCAGGAGAAUAAUAUCAACCUUCAAGCUAAACUCAAUACUAACAAACAAGAGAUUAAAUCUGCCAUUGAAAUCAAUACUGAACUUCAAAAACAACUCUCAGUAAAGGAACAAGAGCUUAUAUCUAAGAAAGAAAAAAAUAAUUAUUUUCAAUCAAAUCUUGAAAAUACCCAACAAGAACUUAAAACUGCCAAAGACAGUAAUACCAACUUUACAAUAAUGCUCGCCAGGACUAAAAACAACCUUAAUACUUUCAAAAAAAGUCUUGUUGUUUUGGAUAAAGAUAAUAAAGAAUUACUAAAAAAAACUUAA